AUUUGUCUCAGUCCGAGUGUGGCAGUGUGCAGUCUAAGUUUUCUACUGCAAGAAGCUUGUCUGUUUUUUUUUCCUUUCUUGCCUGUAUACUUAAAUUUGGUUUCUGACUGUUAAAAACUGAAGGAUUAUCUGUUUUCCUCCUUUCUCAACAGCACUUUUUUUUACUGUAAAACUGACAUUGUGGAAUUAACCCAGUCAUCUUUGGACUUCACUGCUAUUCUGCUGUGUUCUUUCUAAUGUGCUACGAGAAUGAGCCCAGCACUCGGAGCUAUGGAAGAGAAUCUCUACACAAAAGGAGUGUUGCUUGAGCCCUUUGUGCACCAGGUUGGUGGUCACUCGUGUGUACUAUGCUUCAAUGAAAAGACUCUCUGCAAGCCCCUUAUCCAGCGGGAGUGUCAGUUCUAUGAAUCCUUACCAUCAGAUAUGCAGAAGUUUACACCAAAGUAUAAAGGUGUGGUAUCUGUUAAUUUUGAAGAAGAUGGCCAUGGCAACCUCAGUUUAAUAGCAUAUCCACUCAGUGGGGACCAAAUUGAAAUAGAAAAUAUUGAUAAUAUGGACUGUGAACCCCAGAAUAAACCCCUGAAAUGGAGUAAUAAGAAACCUGUUUUACUAGAAAAUGACAAUCGUAGCAAAGAACGAGUCCGACAGCACAGAAAAGAAGAUAACAUUAACAGCCAUGAAGAAAUGGAACGGUUAAAGAAAUCUGAAGUUUUACGUUACAGCAUAGAAAAGAAAGGGAACAUAAGCUCUCAGUCUAAGCAUAAUCCUUGGACAGUAAAAUGCCAACAGCACUUAAAGCGCAUGAAGGAGAAUGCUAAACACCAAAACCAAUAUAAGUUUAUUUUAUUGGAAAAUUUGACAUCUCGAUAUGAGGUGCCUUGUGUGCUAGACCUCAAAAUGGGAACUCGACAGCAUGGUGAUGAUGCUUCCGCAGAGAAGGCAGCUAAUCAGAUCCGAAAGUGUCAGCAGAGUACAUCUGCUGUCAUUGGAGUUAGAGUGUGUGGUAUGCAGGUUUACCAGACUGACUCUGGACAGCUUAUGUUCAUGAAUAAGUAUCAUGGGAGGAAACUGUCCGUGCAGGGAUUUAAAGAAGCACUUUAUCAGUUCUUCCACAAUGGGAAAUACCUUCGCAGGGAACUGUUUGAUCCUGUUUUAAGGAAGCUUCUUGAACUUAAAACAGUUUUAGAAAAGCAGGAGUCGUACCGCUUCUAUUCCAGCUCCUUACUCAUUAUUUAUGAUGGAAAGGAGGUUCAGAGAGUGGCUGCAGAUUCUGACCAGGACUCUGAGGACCUUUCUGAGGACUCUGCGGAUGAGUCUGCAGGAGCACAUGCCUAUAAGUGUUCAUCUGGUACUGCUGAUGUCCGCAUGAUUGACUUUGCACAUACAACUUGCAAAUAUUAUGGGGAGGAUAGUGUGCGCCAUGAGGGCCAGGACACUGGUUACAUAUUUGGACUUCAGAAUUUAAUAUCCAUUGUUAAAGAAAUAAGAGACGACAGUGGAGAAUAACUUGUAGUACCACAAAAAGCAGUCCUGAGGUUCUGGGCUGUUAUAUUCCAUGUUUAAAUUGACCACUUUUUGGUGGAAGGAACUUGGUGGUGUAGGACAGGAAAGUCUGUCAAACCCAGUAAACUGAGGGCAUUUUCCUUACAGUUGUGCUGAGAAGCACUUUGUGGACCUGUUUAUUUAUUUUAAGAAUUUCUUAAACAUUCCAUAUUUGAAACGGAUACCUCUGCUUAUUCCAAUGUGUAUAUGUUUAAAGAAUAAAUUUGUUUUUUUGCUAA